AUGGCACUCGAUGAUGGUUUCGGUAAUGCUACUGCCAACAAAGACGUUGACAACGAUGGUGUAUUCAACAAGAAUGAAUACCUUGAUGCAUUCUUUGAAUCAUUCAAUUUGGGUAACAACUCUACUGUUGAAACAAAAGAUAUCAAACCGAUUGUUCAAAGUUUAGUCCAAACUACCACUCCAAGCUAUUACAAUGAAGAACUAUAUACAACAUAUAUCAUCUUCAAGUCUGAUGAACAGGAAGCUAAUCCUUCUACUAAUAUAACUAUGAAACAAAAUGUAACUUCACCUCCAUCAAAUCAUUCUCGAAUAGAUAAAAUUCGAUUACAUGAUUUUACGACCACAAAAUUGCCAACCACAGAAAAAUUGGUCACGACAACGGAAAGUAUUCAAUCCGAUCAUAAAAUGGAAAAUAUUUUCAAUCGAUCGGGCACAAUUGUUUCCACCAAUUCCUUGCCACCGUUUUCAACUACUAGCACCACGAUGAUUACUACGACCGAUUCAACUACAUCAUCGCCGAAUCAAACAAGAACAACAACGGUAAAGCUUGAUAUGAAUGGCGAUAAUUUUGCCCAUACAAAUUUUGGCAAUAUUUUUCUCAUCGCCAUAAUUAUUCUUGUUCAAAUUGUAUUUUUAAAAUUUUAA